CUGCUGGGCUGGGCCGGCUGUCGGGACCGGCACCUGGCCAAGUACAGCGCGAUCUACAGCCACACGGGGUGCGCCACCAUCCGCUACACAGCUCCAUGGAGGAUGGUGUUCUUCUCAGAGUCUUUUGGCAUCAAAUCCCUCCAGACUCCAGCUAAGAGACUCCUGGAGCUUCUCUUCGACUACAGCAUGGAAAACAGACCCAUUCUGUUCCACGUUUUCAGCAACGGUGGGGUUAUGCUCUACCGCUAUAUCCUCGAGGCUCUCCACACGCAGCAGCCCUUCAAGAGCCUCCGAGUAGUGGGCACCAUUUUUGACAGUGCCCCUGGCAGGAGAAACCUGAGGGGAGGCCUCCGUGCCUUGGAGACGGUCUUGAUGUCCACUAACGUGCUGCUCAAGUACUUGCUGCUGUUCAGCUUCGCCGCCACGGCUGUCGUGCUGCGGAUCGUGCUGUACCCGCUGACCCGCCUCGUCCACGAGACCCACUACGAUGCCCUGCUGCGGGCGCCCUCGCGCUGGCCCGAGCUGUACCUGUACUCCCACGCUGACGCCAUCAUCCAGGCCAGCGAUGUGGAGCAAAUGUCGGAGGCCCGGCAGCGGCUCGGGCUCUCCGUAAAAGCCGUGGACUUUUCCGACUCCGCUCACGUGAGCCACUUGCGGGCCUAUCCCGCCGCCUACACCAACCUCUGUAGGACGUUCCUGUCGGACUGUGUCCAGGGCUCGCCUCGCUAGCCCCGUGACAGCCGCCUCGGGGUGUCUCUGCUCAGCUCGGCGUGUGUGGGAGGUGUCACCCCCUUGCCUCUGUGUUCC